AUCUUACUAUCACCAGACCUGAUAUUUCUUUUGCUGUGAAUAUUUUAAGCCAGUCCAUGCAAUCUCCACGGCAACCACACCUAGAUGCUGCAUUCCGACUACUUCGUCUCAUUUCAUGGAAAAGCAAGAAACAAAACACCGUCUCACUCUCUUCUGUUGAGGCUGAGUAUCGUACCAUGGCCACCACUACCAAAGAAGUAAUCUGGCUAUGGAGGCUACUGCAUAAUUUUGGUAUUCCUCUGCCUCAGUCUACACCACUAUAUUGUGACAAUCAAGCUGCAAGACACAUAGCUGCAAACCCAGUGUUCCAUGAACGCACCAAGCACAUUGAAAUUGAUUGCCACUUUGUUCGAGAAAAAUUUCAGCUGGGAGUCAUUCGUCUGUUGCCCAUUCGUUCCUCACAACAACCUGCUGACAUUUUCACCAAACCGCUGGGCAAGGACACAUUUUCCUUCCUCUGCAACAAGCUGGGUAUUCGAAGCCUUCAUGCUCCAGCUUGAGGGGGAGUAUUAGCGCCUACAAUUAUGGAGAAAUAUCAGCAUAGAGCAAUCUCAGCAUAUCUGCUUCAUCUUUGCAUAUCAGCAUUUUAGCAGUAAAUUUGUACUUUCCACUUUUGCUGCACUUUUACUACACUUUUACUACUUCCUUUUCUUUAGGCUUAACUUUUGCUAGAAUUAAUUUUUGCUUGCUGUAUAUAUGUAUGUAAUUAUGCACUAGAUCAAUACAAGAGAAAACAUUCC